AUUUGAAUGUAACAUGAGUGGGCAAACGUGUAAAUGAGCUAUCACAGUAACUGUCUGCAACUAACGCACUUGGAUUUGCACGUGAACUCACUUUCUCAAAUGUGAUAUUUAAAAGGAUUUACGGAGCAGAAAAACACAUCGGGUACGUGACACUCUGUCGUAGGUGGAUCACCUCUUGCUGCAGUCUCCGCAAUUGGUAGACGACCCCUCUCUCAGAGAUUGUUUCGUUGAUGUUGCCCAUGCUCAGUGCUAGCUCCGAGGAGCCUGCAGCUCGCGAGAUGAGCGUGGGGUUGUUGCGAGCGUGGACCAGAAAUGACGAAAUCCGGCUGACUAAGAACUCGGAGGUAGGGGAGGGGGAGGCGCUCAGAUGUUCUCAGCCUGUCACUGCCGUCCAGUGCUGCAGACUGCAUUCAAAGGAAGCAAAGAUAGUCUACACACCCAGUGCACAAUACGAAUGAUAUCCAGACAUUCUGUAGGAUCCAGUCUAUACAUUAGGCGAAAAAAAAGGUUCAAUUUUCCCUGUGUAACAGGGUUGUAAAGAAUAUGAAAUAUGAAGCAUUUACCGCGUCAGAUUUCCUUGGUAUCUCUGUGUGGACUAGUCUAUCUCGUUCAAUACAGCAGCGCCAAUAGAAACCCCGGUGUGGAUGAAGGUGACGACGCCUUCGGGAGCAAAGAGGCGGUGGCGGUGGCAGCAACAGAGAGCUGGGGGGAGCACAGCUUAAAUCCGCCCCAGAGAACCAGUCCGUUUCGGCUCAUUGCCAGUGGCCGGGUUGGCCUGGACACCCGAGUGAGGAGGACGUUAGAGCACGGAGCCGCCUACCCGUCCCCACACAUCGCUCAAGCCACCUUCCAGGUUGACGCUUUCAACUCAUCCUUCAUUCUUGACGUUGAACUGAAUCAUGAUCUGCUCUCAUCCCAGUACGUGGAACGAACUGUUCAUGCAAGGGGAAAAUCUAUCCAUUCAAUGGGAGGAGAACACUGUUAUUACCAUGGCAAAAUUCAAGGAAAUGCUCAAAGCUCUGUGGCCCUUUCAACAUGUUAUGGACUACAUGGUUUCUUUUAUGAUGGGAAUUAUAGUUACUUGAUUGAACCAGCACCAAAGAAUGAAGAAACCUUAUUGAAUGAAACAGGGUCUCAUUUAGUUUACCAGAUUGGUGGUCAUGAUGUUCCAUUACAGCAUCGACUUGCAGAGAAGCCUGGAAGAAGUGAUUUUGUCCAAGCUGGGAAUUCUGUCCUAUCAAGGAAGAAAAGACAGAUACACCGAAUUCAGCGGAACGUUCAUGAUGAGACAAAGUACAUUGAACUGAUGGUUGUUAAUGAUCAUUUUAUGUUUAAGAAAUAUCGUUUAUCUGUGGGACUCACAAACAACUUUGUAAAGUUAAUUGUGAACUUAGCAGAUAUGAUUUUCAAGCAUCAGCUUAACACCCGAAUUGUACUGGUUGCUAUGGAAACCUGGUCAGUAGACAACAAGUUGACCAUUGACGUAAACCCUCAGGUAACUCUCCGAGAGUUUAUGAAGUACCGAAGAGAUUUCAUCAAAGAGAAGAGUGAUGUCAUUCAGCUAUUUUCGGGAACAACAUUUGAAACCCAGAGUGGAGCAGCAUAUGUUGGUGGAAUUUGUUCACAAUUGAAAGGUGGAGGAGUGAAUGAGUUUGGAAAUGCGCAUCAAAUGGCUGUCACACUCGCUCAGAACUUAGCCCAAAAUCUUGGCAUGCUUUCAGAUACGAAGCGAACGAAUGUUGACUGCAACUGUGAAGAUAAAUGGGCUGGAUGCAUAAUGGAUGAUCCUGGAUAUUAUCUUCCGAGUGUAUUUUCUAAAUGCAACAUAGAAGAAUACCGGGAAUUUUUGAACAGCGGUGGUGGUAGUUGUCUCUUCAAUAAACCUACCCGACUUCUUGAUCCUCCGGAAUGUGGUAAUGGAUUUGUGGAGGCAGGAGAAGAAUGUGAUUGUGGCUCACCGACUGCAUGUCGCCAGGAAGGAGGAAACUGUUGUGUCAAGUGCACCCUCGUUAAUGGUGCUAAGUGCAGCAAUGGACUCUGUUGUAAAGAAUGUCAGUUUGAAAGAAAUGGAUUUAUGUGUCGUGAAGCGGUAAAUGAUUGUGACAUUCCUGAAACUUGCACUGGAAAUUCUAGUGAGUGUCCACCAAAUGUACAUAAACUAGAUGGCUACAUCUGUGACAACGAUCAGGGACGUUGCUAUGGAGGGAGGUGUAAAACUAGGGAGCGCCAGUGCAAAUAUGUGUGGGGAGAAAAAGCAAGAGCUGCAGACCAAUUAUGUUACGAGAAACUUAACAUUGAAGGAACAGAGAAAGGAAAUUGUGGCAAAGACAAAGGCACAUGGAUUCAAUGCAAUAAACAGGAUGUGCUUUGUGGUUACCUGCUGUGUGCUGAUACAUCUGGUGUGCCACGAGUAGGGGAACUAUCAGGUGACGUGACGAUGACCUCAUUCCUGCAAAAGCAUAAACACAUCAACUGCAGUGGUGGCCAUGUCAUAUUAGAUGAAGACACCGAUCUGGGAUAUGUGCAAGAUGGAACUCCUUGUGGACAAGACAGAAUGUGUAUCAAUCACAAAUGUCUUCCUCUGAAAGCAUUUAAUUUUAGUACCUGCCCUGGCACUAGUGGUGCAAAGAGAUGUUCAGGACAUGGGAUUUGCAGUAAUGAAGUCAAGUGCAACUGUGAUCCAUCCUGGGACGGCAGUGACUGCAGUAAAUAUGCACCAAAGGCAUUAUCAGGCGCAGGAGUACUAGGAUCAGUUCGAACCAAUAUUAUUAUAGGUGCCAUUGCAGGAACAAUCCUGAUGGCAGCCCUUGUCUUGGCAGUUGCAGCAUGGUUUUACAAAAGCUACCAAGAAAGAAGGCAAAUGCCACAAGGAGACUAUGUCAAAAAGCCCGGGGAAGCUGACUCUUUCUAUAGUGACAUACCUCCUGGAGUCAGCUCAAACUAUUCAGCAUCUAGUUCUAAGAAAAGGUCAAAUGGACUCUCGCAUUCUUGGAGUGAACGGAUUCCAGAUGAAAAACAUAUUCCAGAUGUCUGUGAAAAUGGCAGACCACGCAGUAACUCCUGGCAGGGAAAUUUAGGAGGCAACCGAAAGAAGAAUAAAGGAAGGAAAUUUAGGCCACGUUCCAAUUCUACAGAGUAUUUAAACCCAUGGUACAAAAGAGAAUAUAAUGUAGCUAAGUGGGUAGAAGAUGUGAAUAAAAACACUGAAGGACCGUACUUUAGGACAUUGUCUCCAUCUAAGUCGCAUUCUUCAUCCAAUGGAUCAAUUGCUUCUAGUAGGAAGUGCCCAUACCCGAUGCCACCUCUUCCUGAUGAGGAGGGAAAGGCAAGUCGACAAAGUGCACGGCUCUGGGAGACCUCCAUUUAGGUUGCCAUUCAGUGGAUCUGAACAACUAAAGAUUUCUUUCCAGUUUUAUAAAGGGGCAGCCUUACACUGAUGUCUCUAAUGAAUGAAUUUCCAGACCACCAAUGAGACUUUCGAAAGGAGUAUAAACUCCCUCUGCUAACUUCAAAAACCAGGGCUUCUAAAUAUAAAAUAAUAGACUUUGGCUCACCAGUAAUAAAACAAUGUUCUAUGAAGAGUCAGCAUUCUUGUGUAAAAUAAUGCACUGAAACAAUGAUCUGGGAACAGGAACUCUUCCUGGAAAAAAAGACAAUAAAAAAGCUCUAUCAUG